AUGAAUCUCUAUCCCAUCCUCUUGGCUUGUAUGUCUACGGUCGUUAAAGGAUGGCGAUGGUGCGAUUACGGAGUUUCCGGUAACGGUGAUUGCGAGCUGAACGGUCACCAUACAUACUGUUGCGGGCCGCCAGGCCCCAACUUCCCUGUCUGGCGGGACACGAACGUCGAAACGGUAGGACCGAACGCGAUACCGGAGUGUCAUAACAACGGGUUAAGGUUCUGUGCGCCGUAA